CUUGGUCAAGUUUUGUGAUCGAGGCUUGUGCGCUUGUGGGAUUUGAUGGCUCCUCGGGUACAUACAAGGUUUUGAAGUCAGAAGAUUGCUUCCAUCUCUGCAAGGUCAAGCAUUGGGUGGUAGCUCACUCUGGGUGUGGAUGCAACACGGCGGGAGAUUAAUGCCCCUGAUUGCCAUUUCAGGACUAGUGUUUGCAUAAAUGGCAUAACCUAUUUUGAGAAUGUGCUACAUAGAAAUCGAAGUUGGUGGAUGGAACUAGACGGGGGCUUCCGCAUUGUGGCAUUCGAUAUUCGAUCUGAGAUUUUCCAUGGGAUGGCUCACCCCCUAGGUGAAAUGGAAUUUGAUCUCGUGAAGUCCCCGUUCCUCGAAUUGGAUAGCCCGCUUACUGUCAUUUGUCUCCGUCACAAGAGGCUUAUUACUUGGAGCUUGGACUCGGCAUCCUGCUGGAAGAAGAACGUUUUCCCCGUUCCCUUCGACUUUGCGGUGGAGGCCAGCGGUAUAUCUUUAUUGUACUGCACUAUCAAGACAACUCCGACUGGGGAAAUCCUACUCGUAAUGCCCAACAAGAGGGGGACAUGCUCUCUUUGGGUAUUGUUUGACAAGUUCACUUGCCCGGUUUGGAAAAAAUUUGGAAUCAAAGGGCGUGGUGAAUUUCCUAACUAUAAUAGCGAGAUAUUCAAAGCUGCCAAACCUAUCAUGGUGCUAAAUGUUGAGGAAAAUCUCUUCCAUUUGGAAUAGGCCA